AUGGUUGCUCCAAUAUUAUUUGCUUUGCUAUUCACGCAAUUAACAAAUGUUUCGGCUGAAUUAAUUCAAUUCUAUGAUAAAAAAGCUGCUGUUAUUCCAUUCAGAAAAUAUUAUGCUGAUUCUCUAGAAGAAUUAGAUUACAACACAUCUACAAGCGAGACUAAACUUGUCAAGAGAGAUGGUGAAGACAUUGUCUUAACUAACAGAAAUACUUUUUAUUCUGCUGAAAUUGAAGUUGGUACUCCAGCUCAAACUAUGAAUGUCAUUGUUGACACUGGUUCUUCUGAUUUAUGGGUUAUUGGUCACGACAACUUAACUUGUCCACUUGCUUCUGAUGGUUCUUUCAACUGUGAAAGAUUCGGUUCUUUCUCCAUCUCUAAAUCCUCCACAUUCACAAAAAAUUCAACUGAAUUCGCUAUUACUUACGUUAGUGGUAACAACUGUAUAGGUGUUUGGGGUCAAGAUAAUUUGAUCAUUGGUGGUGUUAAUGCUACUGGUUUAUCUUUUGGUGUCGUCCAUACAACUACUUCUUCUGCUGGUAUCUUAGGUAUUGGUUUACCAGAUACUGAAACUACUGCUGUCGGUCAAUACGGUCAUUACAAAUAUGAUAACUUCCCAAUGGUUUUGAAAAACAAAGGUAUAAUCAGUCAUCAAGGUUACUCUAUUUACUUGGACUCUUCUUCCAGUACUUACGGUGAAUUCUUAUUGGGUGGAGUCGACACUUCUAAAUACACUGGUACUUUAUACAAAUUACCAUUGGUUAACUGGUACAAUACUUACUUUUCUUCCCCAGGUGAUUUUCAUGUGACGUUACAAGGUCUAGGUUUAAUCACUAACUCAGGUAGUGCUGUCACUUUAACUGAAACUAAAAUGGCUGUUAUCUUAGACACUGGUUCUACCGUCACUGGUAUUCCAGCCACUUUAUACAACGCGUUAUUAUCCAGUUUAGGUGGUUACUAUAGUUCCACCCACGGUGCCUACGUCUUCACUUGUCCAACCGAAACUUCCAAGUUAGUCUUCAACUUCGGUGGUAUCAACUACAAGUUACCAAUGUCCAGUUUCAUCAACACUCUUGGUGACAAUGUCUGUUCACUAAAAGUUUCUUCCAGAUCUGACAGUAACUUCAUCUUAGGUGAUGAUUUCUUACGUAAUGUCUACGCCGCUUUUGACUUAGAAAACAAAGAAAUUGGUUUAGCUAUGGCUGACUUUGACUCCAGCUCUAACAACAAGAGAGAAGACACCGUUAUUGCUAUGGAAAGCGGUAUCCCAGAUGCUGUCCAAGCUCCUGAAUAUUCUGCUACUUGGGUUACCUACGAAGCUGUUGUUACCGGUGGUUCUAUGUUUGAAACUUUAGCUGAAAACGCUUCUUCCAGUGAAGCUACUUCUUCUUCCACCUCCAGUGAAGCUACUUCUUCUUCUACCUCCACCGAAGCUACAUCCACUUCCACUUCUACUGAAGCUACUUCCUCUUCCACUUCUACCUCCACUGAAGCAACUUCCACUUCUACUGAAGCUACUUCCUCUUCCACUUCUACCUCCACUGAAGCAACUUCUUCUUCCACCUCCAGUGAAGCCACUUCCACUUCCACCUCCACUGAAGCUACAUCCUCUUCCACUUCUACCUCCACCGAAGCUACAUCCACUUCCACUUCUACUGAAGCUACUUCCUCUUCCACUUCUACCUCCAGUGAAGCUACAUCCUCUUCCACCUCCACUGAAGCUACUUCCUCUUCCACUUCUACCUCCUCUUCCACUUCUACCUCCACUUCCACUGAAGCUACUUCCACUUCUACUGAAGCUACUUCCUCUUCCACUUCUACCUCCACUGAAGCAACUUCUUCUUCCACCUCCAGUGAAGCCACUUCCACUUCCACCUCCACUGAAGCUACUUCCUCUUCCACUUCCACCUCCACUGAAGCUACUUCUUCUUCCACUUCCACUGAAGCUACUUCCUCUUCCACUUCUACCUCCACUGAAGCAACUUCUUCUUCCACCUCCAGUGAAGCCACUUCCACUUCCACCUCCACUGAAGCUACUUCUUCUUCCACUUCCACUGAAGCUACAUCCUCUUCCACUUCUACCUCCACCGAAGCUACAUCCACUUCCACUGAAGCUACUUCCACUUCUACUGAAGCUACUUCCUCUUCCACUUCUACCUCCAGUGAAGCUACAUCCUCUUCCACCUCCACUGAAGCUACUUCCUCUUCCACUUCUACCUCCACUUCCACUGAAGCUACUUCCACUUCUACUGAAGCUACUUCCUCUUCCACUUCUACCUCCACUGAAGCAACUUCUUCUUCCACCUCCAGUGAAGCCACUUCCACUUCUACUGAAGCUACAUCCUCUUCCACUUCCAUUGAAGCUACAUCCUCUUCCACCUCCACUGAAGCUACAUCCCCUUCCACUUCCAUUGAAGCUACUUCUUCUUCUACUUCCACCUCCGCUGAAGCUAGUUCCUCUUCUGAAGUUAACCAAAGCGCAUCUUUACUUCCAGCUGAAGAAAUUGCCAGUAUCUCAACUGUCUCUUCUGUUAGUGCUACGUCCACCGCAGUUAUUUCCAUUGAAGCCAGCUCUUCUGAAAUUAGCUCUUCAAAAGUAACUUCCACCUCCACACCAGCUUCUUCUACUACUCCAAUUGCAUCUGAAGUUGCUUUAUUCUCUAACUCCACAUCUACCUCUACUGUUACUGAAUCUAACACUUUAGUUACUUUAACCACUACAAAUGCUGCUGCCUCCACCGAUGCUGCCACUACUACUGCUGCUGCUACCUUCGUUGCUAGCGAAAGUUACUACUCUGAAGAUGCUGCCAACGCUUCUGUAGCCAGUGCUUCAUCUGCUAGCCGUAGACACUCCAUUGACGCUCUAGCUCGUACCAGUACUAGUGCUGCUUCCGGUUCCAGCUCCACCUUAUCUAUUGUCGAACAGCAUAAUGGUGCUAUGAACAUGAAGACCACUUCAUUCUUCACCGUAUCCUUCUUCUUUGUCGCUCAAUUAUUAUUUUAA